CUUUCUUCCGCCGGAAUCACAACCACCGAUUCUUUCUCGCUCCAUCAUGCCUUUAAUCUUGCCGGAGAGUCAAGAAAGAAUCAACAUGGUGUGGUAAGGAAGGUUCUAGAAAGAGAAAGAGAGAGCAAUGCCGACGCCGGCGAAGACGCAGAGAGUAUUGGAGAUCAACUUGAUCUCAGCACAAGGCCUCAAGUCCCCUUCGUCUCCACGGCGAAGCCUCCAAACCUACGCCGUCACAUGGAUCGACUCUUCCACCAAGCUCCGAACCCGAGUCGACAAAGUCGGCGGCCAGAACCCUACCUGGAACGACAAGUUCCUCUUCCGCGUCACGCCGGAGUUUCUCGCCAGCGAAACCUCCGGCAUCUGCGUCUCCAUCUACGCCGUCGGAACCUUCUGCGACCACCUCGUCGGCACCGUCAGGUUCCUCGUCAGCAACAUUCUCUCCUCCGAGCCUGACGACGCCAGAACCCCCUGCUUCAGCGCCUUCCAGAUACGGCGGUCGUCGGGGAGAUUCUACGGCGUGAUGAACAUCGGCGCCAUGGUGAUAGACGGAUCGGGAUUCCCGGCGCUGGAGAAGAUAUCGGCGAUAGGGUACCGCGACCUGAUGGGAGAGAAGAUACAACAGCGGCGGAAAAAGAGGGCGCAAGAGAAAUCGAAGGAAGAAGAAGGUUGGAGUGAAUCCUGUGAGAAUUCUUGCACGGAUUCGAUGGAGGAGGGAGAGGGAGAGUCGUCGACGUCGUCUUCGUCUUCGCCGAGAACGACGGCGUUGAAGGAUUGGAACGGAGUGAGGGAAUUGGCGGGAAACAAAAGGUUGACUUUGACAGCUUCGGGAUUCUUGUGCUGUUUGGUGGCACAGAGAAGUGUCUCUAUGGAACGCUAACUAAUAAUCAUAAUCAACUACGAUCCACGGUGCAGAUUCUAAGUCAAAGUCAAAGUCAAAGUCAAUCCUUUUUUUUCUUUUUCUCUGUUCUUCUUAUGUCAUUUCUCCUCUCAGAGUCCCUGUUGUUGUAUAGUGUCCUUACACUCUCCUCUUUAAGUCUUUAGCUGUUGCCUUUCAAUUCAUAUUCUCAAGUUU